AUGGUUGCUCCUCUUGCACUCAUCUUCGUGACCCAGUGGAAGUUGCUGAUCAUCCAGAUGUGCAUUGUCUGGCACUGCACAAACUCAGAGAUGCCAGACUUGCCUGUUAGAAAUUUGACGCUCAGUCAGUGGAAAGUGGAACUGAUUUGGACGAGCAGCAUGAAUUUCACCGAGCACUCUUGUUCUCAUAGCAGAGACAAUACGAAGUGCAUGUUUGGAAAUAUAGAACCUCCUCUGCACAGUGGGGAAAGCUUUUCCAUAACAGCAGUGAAUGUGAAUGGCACAUACUCAAGCAUAUGCAGAUAUAUGCCUUAAGGCAUGAAUGGGUCAGCCAUUGUUAACUUCUCCUGUGUGAUUUACAACAUCUCCUUCAUGAACUGCACUUGGCAGGCAGGCAAGAAUGCUCCAGGAGAUACCCAAUAUUUCCUCUACUGGCAGAACUCAAGAGAUGACAAGGAGAUGGAAUGUGAGCUUUACCUUAAAGAUGAAAAUGGCAGAAACACAGGAUGCAGAUUCCAAAAUGUGACAAUAAAUAGUGAGAAAGCUUACUUCCUGGUGAAUGGGUCUAGCAAAGACUCCCUGAUCCAGUUCCAUGAUGAGUACAUUCAACUGUAUAAAAUUGAAAAGCUCAUGUCUCCAACAAAUAUCACUGUCACUUUUGAUGAAAUUAAAAAUAAUUACAUAAUUCAAUGGCAACGACCCCAAAUAAGUCAUUCAAACAUAGACAAGUGUUUUAAAUAUGAAAUCCACAUAAAAUAUAAGGAUAAUCCUGAAGGAAAAACCAAAUAUACUGCUACAGAGACAGAGGGAAAUAGCCACACAUUACCAAGAUUCAAUACGAGAAAGAAAUACCUCUUGAAAAUGAGAGCAGCCGGCAGUGCCUGCCUCGUGAACCCAAGCUGGGGCGAGUGGAGUGCACCUGUUGAAUUUGGACAUGAAGAAAUUGCUCCUUCUUCAGUAUGGAUUUUACUUGCGAUAGCAGUUGUAACACUCUUAGUGGCAAUCAUCGUGAUUUUGUUCUGCAAAAAGACUGGCUGUUGGAAGGCAGCAUUUCCACAAAUCCCAGAGCCAAAAAAUGCAUUUCGUGGACUGACUGAUACAAAUCCAGAGCUGAUGGAGAGCAAAAUUCAUUCAGUGACAUCUGAAAAUGAAGAGAUAGUAUUAGUUGCUGACAUAGUGAAAUAA